AUGGCAGCGGUACUCCCCUCAGAGGAGAGCAGCUAUUUCUCUUCAUCGGCCCUUCGCCGUUCACAAUCACAAAGCAGCUUUGCACACUCUGCUUACCAUUCCGCGCCAACUGCGCAUAUCACGUCGUCGUUUCAACCACCCUCCAAGGUCUACACGGAAUCCGAUGUAUCUUCAGCGCCCUCUUCCCCCCCAACGAUACAGGCAGAAUCCACCGACGCCUCCUUCUCAUCCACUCCCGCCAGUAACUUGUCCAUAUCUUCCGACUUUGAUGAUGACGUACUCGGCCUCGAGGACGGCUCCGAGGACCUGUUCAGCCUACCCUUGCUCUCGCAAGACAAGUUUUUCUUCCAACAAGACUUUCACCCGCACGAUCACCUAGAGCCGCCCCCAAGCCCCAAGACCGGUGAUUCCUACACCGAGUCCCCUGCCGAACCCGACACCUCUAGCGCGACCUCCGGACCCGACACCCCCGACGUCGCUGAGCAUGCCGAAGAUGACACGGCUGUGUCGAGCCGGCCAUCCCGGCAGGUGGAUUAUCUGUCUCACGACUGGAAGGAAGAGGAUAUCUGGUCAUCCUGGAGAUACAUUGUUUCCAAAAGAGGAGAGUUUUCCAAUAGCGCCAGACUGGAAAACGCUUCAUGGAGGACGUGGAUGAAGGCUAGGAAUAACCUCCGAACCAUUUCUCCAGAGGAAUUGAACUGGCUCAAGGACUGCGAUGUCACCUGGCUCUACGGACCCCUACAAUGUGGCACAAAGAAUUUGAAUCCUACUGGAACCGAACCGUCGAGUGUGACCAUGUCUAAAACGGAUUCUCUCGUCAACCUCAACAAGAAGCCGAUUCUCAAGAAGAGAAGCAUGUCCGAAGUCAUGCUACAGCGUUCCCUUGUCUCGUCGUCUUUGCUGAAGCAGGCUACCGCCGCCGUCCAAGCCCAAGAAACUCGGGGUGUUCUCAAGCACAAGUCGGACAUGUCCAACACUGAUUACUACGUUACCUAUCCCCUCUCUAUCCGAAGAGGUAGCAACGGUACUUCGAGUUCCUUGGCAGCAUCGACAGACUCGUCCAAUAUCUCUUCUCCCUUUCCUGAACGCAAGCACAUACACUUUAAUGAGCAAGUCGAGCAAUGCAUUGCCAUUGACGUGAAAUACGAGGACGACUUGGAACAGGACUUGCCUGAUGAAGACAGCAACUCGGAUGACUGCGGUGUCAUGAUGAAGAGGGUCAAGUCCAAGAAACGUGCCGUGUCGAGGAAGAAGAAGAGCAGGAAGAUGACCGCCACGGAAGGGAAAAUGGUUGCCAAACUGCCGUCAACCACGCUCAAAUACCGCGAGGACACGCCCGACCCACCAGAAACAGCUAUGAAGCACAGCACGGCGUAUCGAAGCCCGAUGAUUUCGCCGUCGUCGUCCCAAGAAACCCUUCGACCGGCAACGCAGGCAUCUAGAUUCUUUUUUGGCGAGGAAGAGAUGGACGACGACAGCCUCAGCGAGGGAACUCUGAUAUCGUCCACGGGUUGGCGCUCUCCGCCCACAGGGCAAGCCGGGUCUAGCCUUGACCGAUCGUCAUCCGGAGGAAGCUUGACGGAUGAGCCUGCUGGCAUGCGCCGCACGCCUUCAGGCAUGUUCAUGCCCUGUGAAGACGGUGAAGCUGUACCGGGUGAUGGAAUUCUCGGACGGGUCAUUGACACGGUCAACACGGCACGAGAUAUUGCUCACGUCAUUUGGAAUGUUGGAUGGAGAAAGUGA